CGCGCCAUCCGCUACUCCCAUAGCCAGGGAGGAAGUGUUAUGACUUGCUGCCGUAGGUCUUUGUGAGGCAGACAGGAAUGCUGGUGUUUCAGAUUAGCCUUGAAGGGUGUGGAGCGAGCACUGCCUGUACUUCUGCCUACAGCCUGCUUCUCAGCACAGAAGGAGACACACGAUUACACUGAGAGAGCUUCAGGUUGGUUUUCGUGAAAAUGGCAGGAAAGAUAUCCAAAGACGAGCUGGAGGAAUUGCGAGAGGCCUUCCAGAAAGUUGAUUUGAACGGCAAUGGAUUUAUCUCUGACUAUGAGCUGCACGACCUGUUCAAAGAGGCCAAUCUGCCUUUGCCAGGAUACAAAGUCCGAGAGAUCAUCCAAAAACUGAUGGAAGAGGGAGACAAGGACAAAGACAAUAGGAUCAGCUUUGAUGAGUUUGUGUCUAUCUUCCAGGAGUUAAAGAGCAGUGACAUCGCCAAGAGCUUUCGGAAAGCCAUUAACAGGAAAGAGGGAAUCUUGGCUAUUGGAGGAACAUCUGAGCUUUCCAGCGCCGGCACACAGCACUCCUUCUCGGAGGAAGAACGGUUUGCUUUCGUGAACUGGAUCAACACCGCUCUUGAACAGGACCCUGACUGUAAACAUGUGCUGCCUAUGGACCCCAACACCAACUCUCUCUUCAAGGCUAUGGGUGAUGGCGUCGUGCUGUGUAAAAUGAUCAACCUGUCAGUUCCUGAUACUAUCGAUGAGAGGACCAUCAACAAGAAGAAACUAACACCCUUCACAAUACAGGAAAAUCUUAACCUGGCACUUAAUUCGGCUUCUGCCAUUGGCUGUCAUGUGGUGAACAUCGGGGCUAUGGAUCUGCGAGAGGGCAAACCUCAUCUGGUGCUGGGACUUCUGUGGCAGAUCAUCAAGAUCGGUCUGUUUGCUGACAUCGAGCUGAGCAGAAAUGAAGCUCUGGUGGCUCUGUUGAGAGAUGGAGAGACUCUUGAGGAUCUGCUGAAAUUGUCUCCAGAGGAACUGCUGCUCCGCUGGGCAAACUACCAUCUGGAAAACGCCGGCUGGACCAAGAUCAAUAACUUAAGCCAUGAUAUUAAGUUAAGAGACUUUGCAAACUGUGUGAAGGACUCGCGGGCUUAUUUCCACCUGCUCGACCAGAUCUCACCUAAAGGUCAAAAGGAGGGUGAAGAUCGUAUCGACAUUGACAUGUCAGGAUUUGGCGAGAAAGAUGACCUGAAGAGGGCCGAGUGUAUGCUUCAGCAGGCCGACAGAUUGGGAUGCAGACAGUUUGUCACGGCCACUGACGUCGUGUCUGGCAACCCCAAACUCAACUUGGCCUUUGUGGCGAAUCUCUUCAACAAAUACCCGGCGCUGACCAAACCUGUGAAUCAAGACAUAAACUGGGGACUUCUGGAGGGUGAGACCAGAGAGGAGAGAACGUUCAGAAACUGGAUGAAUUCUCUGGGUGUCAGCCCUCAUGUAAAUCACAUAUACGGGGAUCUUCAGGACGCUCUGGUCAUCCUGCAGCUUUAUGAGAAGAUCAAAGUUCCCGUCGACUGGAACAAUAAAGUCAACAGGCCUCCAUAUCCAAAACUCGGGGCUAACAUGAAAAAGCUGGAGAACUGUAACUACGCUGUGGAACUGGGAAAGACCAAAACCAAUUUCUCAUUGGUGGGCAUUGGAGGUCAAGACUUGAAUGACGGGAACCCGACUCUUACUCUCGCCCUGGUCUGGCAGCUCAUGAGAAGAUACACUCUGAAUGUGCUGGAGGAUCUCGGAGAUGGCCAGAAAGUCAACGAUGACGUCAUCGUCAACUGGGUUAAUAAGACUUUGUCACAAGCAGGAAAAUCAUCCAAAAUAUCAAGUUUCAAGGACAAAGAGAUCAGCACCAGUCUGCCAGUGUUGGAUCUCAUCGAUGCCAUCCAGCCGGGCUGUGUCAACUAUGAUCUGGUGAAGAAAGGAGAACUCUCUGAUGAGGAGAAACUGGACAAUGCAAAGUAUACGAUAUCCAUGGCCAGGAAGAUUGGCACUCGUGUGUACGCCCUGCCCGAUGAUCUAGUAGAGGUCAAGCCCAAGAUGGUGAUGACCGUGUUUGCGUGUCUAAUGGGCAGAGGCAUGAAGAGGGCGUAAAGAGGGACAAUCAAACGCUAAAGUGUCCUACCCACAAGCCAUUUGCUGGUUGAAAGGCUUUUGGUUCAGUAAAUUUAUUACAACCACAAUCAAAGAAAAAUCCAACGCCAACAGAUGUUAAAGAAUCCCGUUUAUGUUUGGCAGGACUACAAAGUUGAGGGAAUGGGCUUGGAGAUUUCGGAAAGGGAGGGACGCUUAUUUUAGACCAAACAUUUAUGAUUCCCCACAGCUCGAUCUGCCAAAGGACCACACGUCAAAUUAUAUCACGAACCAAACUCAAGACGACUUUUCAGAUCCGAGCCGUUCCAGACUCUGCCUUGUGUACUCUAUAUUUACAUAAUCGAUAAAGGAAAGCAUAUAUGAACGAUGGCUUAGUUUUAAAUAUGGACAUCUUACAAAGUUACAACUCUGGCCUUACUAGAUGCAGUAUUGCACACGAUUGUUUUUGAGUCAUUAAAUCGGACCGCUUAAUUUCCUUGUGUUUUAUACGUGUGUUAGAGAAAAAGCAUAAACGUUAUUUUUAGCUGAAACACAUUCCGUAGUCGUUGUACUAUUUGUCUUAUGUAUAUGUGUAAUCCCAAUGGCAAAUUGACAGAAUGAACUAUGCAUGAUCUAUAUUUUUUGUUAUUUAAAACGCAAUACAAUCUUCAGAUUAAGAGCUUUAAGCAUUAAGAGAACGAGGAGUGAUGCAGGGGAAGGUCACGUCAUCCAUCAUCACAUGAUGAAAUCAUUUACUGUGGGGUUCAUGUUGCCGGGGAAUGAAACUGGAAGUCUUGGAUGGUUUUACUGCAUCGUCUUGUUGCCUAUAGACAGCUGAUACCAAAUGUCUGUAUGUAACUAAAACAUCAUACAAAUAAAGCAGAAAAUAAAGCCGUUCAUAGUAUUUCA